AUAAAAAAAUUGAUUUGAAACAAUAAAGCCAUUGAAAUUAAAGCAUUACGCUGAAACAACUAUAAAAGAAUAUAGAAAUGAUUCACGGCAAAGCCAUUACCAAUCUCGGUAUUCAGUUUGAUAAAAGGUGUACCAUAAAUAAUUGAACUGAUAUCGGCUGUUCAAAACACUUUUUGGAGCUGAUUUACGGCAUUGAUAUUAAUCGCGCUCAGUCCAAACACAACUCUUCAAUUACGCUGAAAAUAUUAUUUAAUAUAUUUACGCAUUAUUAUACGUUACUUCAUCAAUAGAAUUGAUGUGUAGUGGUGAGACGAUAACCGACAAAUUUUCAAAGUGUGUGCCAAGAAUUUUGUUAAUCAAUCCGAAUCAAUAUACACGGUGUUGCUCCGAAAAUAUUUCAUCAGUUCAAUUUGAGCCAUCGACGGUUAACGAUUCGCUUUAAAAUACACACAUUUUGUUCGACACAGUUUUUGUGAUUUUUUUUUUCCGUAAAUUUAUUCAACCAAUUUUGUUAUUCACAUUUUGAGUGAGAAAAAAAAUAAAGAAAAUGACUAAAGCAAAUAUGUUGUGGAUAUUUGUCCUAGCAUUUAUCAUGCCAAUUGGUUUUAAUUCCGCAUGUGAAGGAGGUAGCUGCGGAGGAAGUGGAGAUUGUUGUAAACCUUCCCCAGCUCCUCCCCAAUUACCAAAUCUAGCUGUAGUUACAUGGGCCCAUGCAGUCAAUAGCGACGAUUUUUUGGAGACCACACUUAAAAAUGAGGGAAUCAAAAUGAUUGAAGCCGAUGUGGUCAUGGGAACUGUUGUUACACAACCACAAACCGAAAAACCCGAUACCUCAACGCCCAAAGCAGAGCCCCAAAAAAAAUCAGAUGCUACUGGAAAUGAAAAUGCCGCCGGAAGUAAUUCCGGAAAAGAACCCGAAAAGCCAACGGCAACAGUUCCAAUCAUGGCGCAUCCACCAUCGGUCACAUCAGAUUUGUCAUUUGAACAGUUUGUGUAUAAGGUGGCUAAAUACAACGCUGGAGCCAAAGAAACAAAAGCAAAGGGUGUUAAGCUUGAUUUUAAAAGUAUUGAAGCCGUGAAAAAUGCGUUGCCAUUGAUAAGAGAAGCUAAAUUUGAGUUGAGUCCUGUAUGGAUAAAUGCUGACAUUCUUGCUGGUCCUGGUGCAUCUACUACGAAACCAGUUGAUGCAAAAGCAUUUUUCGAUGCCGUUAAAGCUGAAGUUGGACUGCAGAAAGCAACACUUUCAAUUGGUUGGACAACCAAUUUGGUCGAUAAUGCCCAAUACACUGAUGCUAACGUUGAAGAAAUGCUCAAAACUAUUCGAGAAAAUAUUAAGUCAGAUGAAGAUAAAUUACAUCCAAUCACAUUCCCUGUACGUGCGGCUAUUGCUGCCGAAAGCCAAGCUGCCCUAGAUAAAUUGGUGACAGAAGUUGAGAAAAUGAAUAUAGCUACCACCCUGACCAUUUGGACUGCAGCAAGUGAUGAGAAAAAAAUCGAUAUGAAAAAAUUGCAAGCACUUAUUAAUCACUUUGGCACUAGCAAAGUGUACGUUGAUUUAGAUGACAAAUUGAAAGGAGGUCUAACUUUGGUACCAAAACCAAAUGGUGCUUCGUCACUUGUUAAUUUCGGUCUUUUGAAUGUGGCCACUUUUCUCUUUGCUUUAUUCCUUAGAAAUGGGUUUUAUUAAAAUUAGAACAUAGAGCAUUUGAACUAGAGCUGUCCCAUCGAGCUACAUUUACCAUGAAAUUUAAAAAAAAUUCAAAAUAACAAAAAAAAAAAACAAUUCAAUGAUUGAUUUUAAGUUUGGCAUCGUUUAAAACAACAAUUAUAAACUCCGAAAUUUUAUUAGAAAUGUCUAUAGAUUAGUGCACUAUCAAAAUAUACACAGCCACAUAUAUACGAUUUUAGAGAAUGUUGUUGAACAUUUUAGUUGUUAUAUUGAAAUCAGAAUUAUCAAUUACUAGAUCAAUUACUAAAGAAAUAAAUUGAAAAGACCCAAA